UAGGGUUCGCCCUGCUAUAAAAUGUGGGAUGCGAGCAUGCAGCAGUCUUCCCCCCUACUUUCAUCCCUCCCUCCCUCUCUCUCUCUCUCCCUCUCUGUCUUUUACUCUCUCCUUCCCUCUCGCUCAUAAGGAUCUCUCAGUGAGCAUGAGAAGACACAACUGAGUGGACGUUCCCACCUCCUGGACUCUGAUGACCUGCCGACGCUGCGACUGAGGAUUUCUGCACAUUUCUACAAACGCACACACAGACACGCACAGCUCUACUUAGCACCAUGACCAGGAAGGUGUUCACCAACACGAGGGAGCGCUGGCGCCAGCACAACGUCAACACCGCCUUCGCCGAGCUCCGCAAGCUCAUCCCCACCCAUCCUCCGGAGAAGAAGCUGAGCAAGAACGAGAUCCUGCGUCUGGCCAUGCGCUACAUCAACUUCCUGGUGCAGCUGCUGGAGAGCCAGAGCGGUCAGCCGGCUAGCCACUCCCCCACCGCCCUGCUCACCUUUCUCAGAGGAAACAUGGAGCGGCUGCAGUCCCCUGCACACACCUGGGCCCUGACCAGCGACACCGAAGCUCCGUCACCAGGAUCAAGCUGUGACAGUGCUGAGGCCUGGUAGAAACAGUUAUAUAUAUAUUUAAAAAAAGAAAACUCUUGAGGGGACUGCCUGACACUUUUCCUGGGUCUAAAAACUGAUCUCGUCCUUUCUCAAGACUCCUUUUUGUCUCUGCAUUUGUCACCUGUAUGUGACUCAUGUUUCAGUGCAGAAGAUGCAAUAUUGUGUGAUAUUUGUGGACUCCAAAAUGUGGCUGCCUCCUCGCUGAUCAGUGUUGAAAUAUGAUUUGCAGGUGAAAAUUAAUUUGUAUUCUGCAUGGAUGUGUAAAACCUGGAUGUACAAUAUUCCCUUCAUGUCUUCAUGUUAAUAUUCCUUGUUGCCGACCCGCCUGGAACUAAUUUAGUUUUGCAAUAAGAGGAUGUUUUGCCAAUGAGGAAAAUGGAGGGGAUUAAGGAAUUUUCUCAUUUCAAGCAAUAGAUUCAGCAAGGCAUUUGAAUAGAUAAUGGCUCAGCCAAUUCUCCAGACCGCAAUCGUCUCAAAAUAGCCAAGGGCACUUUUUUUUUUUUUUUUUUUUUUUGGGAAAUCGACAUGCUGUUUUUUUUUUUCUUGAGAAGACUAAAUCUGACCUUUGUUUUCAAUUAUCAAGGUUAAGCGACUUCUGAAGAAUCACUUCUAAGAAAGACUUCCUGUUUUUCUCACUGUUUUUAUACAACAAUGUUCAGUAUUUGUCGACUGGUGAUACUUUGGAUUGGGCUGAGGAAUUUUAGCAAAACUGACAAUCCUCUUUCAAUAAUUAUUUACGUCACCACACAUAUCUUCUCAUCCAAAUGUGUUCAUUUGAUUUUAUGUAAAAUACGCAUGUCAUAUAGCCAAAGAUUAUGAAUUGAUUGUCUACUGUGAAGAGUGUGCUACUUAUCUUCUGAUACCUCUUUUGUAAGUUAUUUUGGUUUGCUUGUGAAUAUACAGUAUGUUAUUUAUUUCAACUAUUUAUUUAAUAAAUGAUUUGUUAAUAAAA